GUGUGGGGGACGCAUCGGCCAUUGCUUCGCUAUAAUAUAAAGACCCAAAGCUUUUCUCUCUGGCAUUGCAGUUGAUGUUUAGCUCUCCGAAGUGAACUUGGUAGAUAGAAGAAUGAUGCACCUAAAAAACGCCUUAGGAUUAUUGCUGCUCUUAAUCGUUUCAGGUUAGUUGUUAAUCUGUUUCAAUCAGUAUUUAUGGUUUUGUAUGUAUUUUAAAUUCAUUAAAAAAAGAGGCUUUUAACUUCAUACUAUAUUUGCAUUGCUGUAUAUUUCGAAUUUAAUGGUAUUUAAAGCUGUUUUCCAUAUCGAAACGCACCGUAGCAUUCUCGCUUUUCUCAAAGCCGUAAUUAGUUUCCUCGACUGCUCAAGAAACAAGGAAAUGCGACCGUUCUUUAUCUUGCAUACUCAAGUCAUCGCCUUUCCCAUGAAGAAGAAAGGUUUUCUUGUAAGAUUUUCCAACGGUUUAUUAUGUAUUUUUGUUCCAGUUUCUCUUCGUGCAGAAGAAAGUGAAGAAAACCUCGACAAUAUUUUAGAUUCCCUUUGUGACGACGAUUGGACAGCUAAUGAAGAAGAUAGCAAAUGGGCAGCAAGUGAAGAAGCAGAUGAGAUGCUACAGCAAGGUGGAACGGGCCGGCCAGGAAAAUUAAAUGAAGAAACAACUGAAGAAACCACACUUGCCGAAUUUCUCGAAGCCGCCGAUUUAGAAGAUCCGAAUUUGCGACUUGAAAGGUCUGAGAUCCAGACAACUGAGACAAGGCGUCCUGGACGUUCUGAGAUUCAGACAAGGCGUCCUGGACGUUCCGAGAUCCAGACAAGGCGUCCUGGACGUUCCGAGAUCCAGACAAGACGACCUGGACGUUCCGAGAUUCAGACAAGGCGUCCUGGACGUUCUGAGAUUCAGACAAGGCGUCCUGGACGUUCUGAGAUCCAGACCAGGCGUCCUGGACGUUCUGAGAUUCAGACAAGACGACCUGGACGUUCUGAGAUUCAGACAAGGCGUCCUGGACGUUCCGAGAUCCAGACAAGGCGUCCUGGACGUUCCGAGAUUCAGACAAGACGACCUGGACGUUCUGAGAUUCAGACGAGACGUCCUGGGCGGUCUGAGAUUCAGACAAGACGACCUGGACGUUCUGAGAUCCAGACAAGGCGUCCUGGACGUUCUGAGAUCCAGACAAGGCGUCCUGGACGUUCUGAGAUCCAGACAAGGCGUCCUGGACGUUCCGAGAUUCAGACAAGACGACCUGGACGUUCUGAGAUUCAGACAAGACGUCCUGGGCGAUCUAUAAUUCUAUCCAAAGUUUUACAAGAUCUCAAAGUCAAGAACUAAGCGAAAAUAAGGAUACUCGGAUUUAUUUGAAAUAAUGGACUAAGAAUAUGAAAAUAAGAACUGCUAAAAUGACGAUAGUAAUAUAUAAAUAAUAAAAGUCAUGUGAACAUUAGGUUAUUGUGUAGAUUUAGAAUACGAAAUUAAAGCUGCAUCACUCAUUG